AUGGGUGGUGGGAUGGUGACGCCAGCUCUCUCUCCAUUUGACUUAUGGGCCACGAACUCUGUUUUAUUGGCUGUGGAAGAGUGUGUUAAAUAUGGCUCGUUUGCUCUUCCCAAGCCUGAAAGAAGAAGCAAAUGGAGAGUGGUUGAUGGGGUUGGCGAGAAGCAAUCAGUUACCACCUUAGCAGCAACUACCACAAGUUUUGAUGAUAACGACGUUGUUGACUCAACUUCGGCUGUGGUGAGGAAUUUCUAUGGAGGAAUCAAUGCGCAUGACGUGGAUUCUGUAGAGUACCUUAUCGCUGAGAAUUGUGUGUAUGAAGAUCUUGUCUUUCCCCGACCCUUUGUUGGUCGUAAGGAAAUUCUAGAGUUCUUCAAAAAAUUCACUAAUUCUACCAGCAAAGGUCUGCAGUUUGUUAUUGAUGAUUUGUCUACUGAGGACUCCUCAUCUGUCGGGGUGAUAUGGCAUUUGGAAUGGAAGGGAAAACCUUUUCCCUUUAGCAAAGGGUGCAGUUUUUAUCGUCUAGAGGUGAUCAAUGGCAAAAGACAAAUAACAUAUGGACGAGACUGUGUUGAACCUGCAAUCAAGCCUGGGGAUGCAGCUUUGGCAGCGAUCAGGAGUGUGACAUGGCUACUGCAGCAAUUUCCUCAGUUGGCAAACUGGUUAUAGUGAAAAAUUCUACAUUAUUUUGGAAGCGCAAUGGGCAUCCUUUUCCCCUUACACGAUGAGUAACAUAAAACUAUUGCACAGCUGGUGAUCGAAAGUGUUGUGUGUAAAUAUAUGGGUCAGGAUGAAUUGGCAUUAUAGUUGUUAAAUUUUUAAACUUACAUAAUUACUUUUUGUUUGAAGAAGAAGUUCUUACAAUUAUAAAUUAGAGGAAUUAUUUUAUUUCCUCCUCAUA